CUAUCUAUUUCCAUCGGACAUGCCAUCUCUGUUUAGAUGUUGAUUUCUGCGAGUCAAAAUCUCCAUCUAAUGCUUGGCCAAUAUGUGCACUAGAUUAUGUCGAAUCUUCUUUUGAUCCCGAUUUCCGACAUUUCGCCAGCCUCUUAAAUACAGGUUACAUAUCGGCUCAUAAGAUGUGUCCAAAUGCCCACAUACUCUAUUAACCCGAGUAUGUCUGCCCUAUCACUGCAAGCUGCCCUUCCCGUUGUGGUGGCCGCCGGCCUGCUCUGUCAUUUUGUAUUCAAACGUUACGAACCAGACAGCCCGCUCUCACAUCUGGGGCUGCUUGUCGUAGUUCCAGCUGUGCUCACGACCCUGCUUUUGCCGAGCGCAUCAAUAUUUAUGCGCGCAUUCGGUUGUGUGUGUCUAUUGUAUUACUCUACUAUCAUCGUUUCCGUGGUAGUGUACCGUCUAUCUCCCUGGCAUCCACUUGCGAGAUAUCCUGGCCCCAUCCCAUGCCGUAUCUCCAAAUUCUGGAUGGCAUGGGUCUCUCGCGAUGGGAAGCAGCACCAAUACUACUCAAGGCUGCACCAAACGUAUGGUGACGUUGUCAGGAUCGGUCCUAAUGAGCUAUCAAUACGAGACGUCAAUGCUAUAGCUCCGUUGAUGGGCCCAAAUGGGUUGCCUAAAGGACCUCACUGGGACGGACGCAUGGCUGAGCAAUCAGCAAUCAGGGCACUCAUCUCGGUGAGGGAUCCUGUAGAGCACUCGCGGCGGAGAAAACCUUGGGGCAGGGCUUUCAGUUGUGCCGCACUGAAAGGCUACGAAGAGAUUCUUGGGAAGCGCGUCCAACAAUUCGUAACGAUGCUUGAGCAGCAGACAAAGCCAGUCAAUCUUGCCCAGUGUAUAAGUCAUUUCACGUUUGACUUCAUGAGCGACAUGGCAUUUGGCGGAGGAUCAGAAAUGUUGCGCGACGGUGAUAAGGACAAUACUUGGCAUUUGCUUGAAAGCGGACUUCCAACUGCCUUGGUUCUGUCUCACUUACCUUGGCUCGGAAAAUACUAUGUCAAGCUGCCAGGAAUUGGGGAGGACCUCAAGAAAUUCCGGAUGUUCUGUCAAGAACGUGCUAUGCUUAGGCGUACCCAAGGCUCUCAGUCUAAAGACCUCUUCCACUAUCUGAUUGACGAGGCGGGGCUUGAACGUCACAGUUCUCCUCCAACUUUUGCUGAAGUGGCGUCUGAUGGGGUCCUUGCUAUAGUAGCUGGGUCUGAUACCACAGCAACCACGCUAAGCUCUCUGUUCUGGUCGCUCCUGAGCAAUCCAGAAACAUACCUCCGGCUGCAAGCUGAGGUCGACAGAUUUUUCCCUCCUGGCGAAGAUUCACUUUCUACUGUGCAUCACCCUCAAAUGAGUUACCUGAAUGCCGUAAUUAACGAAACUCUGCGGCUCUUCCCACCCGUUCUUGGUGGAAGUCAGCGCGGAGUACCGAUAGGCGGUGACGGCAAGUUUGUCGGCCCUUACUUCUUACCCGAUGGUACCAGCGCAUUCGUUCAUUUUUAUUCCCUUCACCGUGAUCCUCGCAACUUCUCUCCUUCACCCGACACCUUCUGGCCGGAGCGGUGGCUCAAACCUGAAGAGCGAGCAGCGCUCUCAUCAUUUGAUUCAAAAGGCCUCGAAAAAUUCCCAAUCGUCCACGAUACCAAGGCUUUUAUCCCAUUUUCAUUUGGCCCCGCAAAUUGCGUUGGCAAGCAGCUCGCAUGUCAAGAAAUGCGCACGGUAGUUUGUAUGAUGAUGCAACGACUGAACUUUAGCUUUGCUGAGGGAUACGACCGAGACUCCUGGGAACGCGACUUGAAGGAUUAUUUUGUUGCCACGAAAGGGAGCCUGCGGGUCGUCUUAUCUCCACGGAAUCCAACUACUUGAAUGCCUGAGAGUUGGACAGAUUAUCUUACACCGCCUAGUUAUUGAUCAUGUAUUCAUCUCAUCUCGUUAUCACGGAUAUUUCUAUGCAGUGACGAGUUUUCUCUUGGGGUUAUCUUGUAUAUUUACAUCAGUAAUCUAAGUGAUGUUCAGGGCGUCAUGUAGCAUCAUGCACCAAACUCGUCAGGGCCACCGGUUGCAUCCAA